UCUUCCUCGAAUCGCUUCUCCAUUUUCGAGAACAAUCAGAGAGAAAGCGUUGAUUCGAAGCAGAAAAAAUGGUGAAUUUCUUGUUGGCGAUCACGGCAGAGCUUGAGAAUCUCACUAACCUUCAGCCGCAAGGCGGUGUUACUGAUCCUGACUUCCCUUACCACUUCAAGCUGAAAUGUGGCAAUUGUGGUGAGAUCACCCAAAAGGAGACUUACGUGAUCUUAAGUGACACUGUUCCUCUUCCCAUAGGCAAGGGCACGACCCACCUUAUUCAGAAGUGCAAGUUCUGUAGCAGGGAUGGUACAGUAACCAUGAUCACUGGCCGAGGCCGCGCACUGACUCACGGUGAUAGUCAAGCUGGAAAAUAUGCACCCCUGAUGUUAUUUGAGUGCAGGGGUUUUGAGCCUCUGGAGUUUGCUUUCCUGGGAGAAUGGCAAGCUGAAUCGCUCGAGGGAACAAAAUUUGAAGGUAUCGAUUUGUCAGGAGAUGAGUUUGCUGACUAUGAUGAAAAAGGCGAGUGUCCAGUGAUGAUUUCCAACCUUCGUGCCACUUUUAAUGUAGUGAAGUAGAUUCUCCAUUGCUCUAAUUUCUGCUAUUGGUACAUAGAGAGGAAAGUAUAACUGUUUUGUACUGUCAAAGUGUGUAAAAGUUGCUAACUACUGAGGAUGGGAGUGUUAGUUUUCAAUGUACAUUGAACGCAAUCUACUUGCAGAAGCUUACUGUUUGAGUCAUGAUGGUUACAUUCGUGAACAAGCCCAUUGGUACUAUGCCAAUAUUAUCUUUUAGGCUUCUUUAAAAGAGCCAAUCUUGAUUGUGUUGA